ACCUUUAGUUUCAAAUCCAGAUUCAUUCAUGGCUAUGAAGAGAACCAGAGACAAUUACAGAAAUCUCGAGAGCUUAGACAUGGCCAAGUGCCUCAUUCUCCUCUCUCAAACCCUUCAAAACAACAAUCCCAUAAAACCCUUCAACACCCACCACGUCGACGACGACCAUCUCUUCGAGUGCAAGACUUGCAACAAAAAGUUCCCUUCGUUUCAAGCUCUAGGCGGCCACCGAGCAAGCCACAAGAAGCCAAAAAUCAUGGGAGACAAUACUAAUAACGAUGAUAAUAACAAACCCAUUAGUGUGAAACUUCAAAUUAGCAGCGCAGCAAAGCCGAAGAUGCAUGAGUGCUCAAUCUGUGGAAUGGAGUUUGCUUUAGGGCAAGCUUUGGGUGGCCACAUGAGGAAGCAUAGAGCUGCGAUAACGCAAGGCUUUGGGUCUGCUCAUGCUCAUCCUGUGGUUUCGAAAUUGCCUGUGAUGAGAAGAUCCAAUAGUAUUAAGAGAGUUUUUGGCUUGGAUUUGAAUCUUACUCCUUUAGAGAAUGACCUUGAAUAUUUGUUUGGGAAGAUGGCUCCCAAAGUUGAUCCUUUGAUUUGAUUCUAAUUCUUUUUUUUCAUUGUAUUUUUUCUUUUCUUUGUUAAUUAUAUAUUAUCUUUGUUAAAUUUAUAUCAACAUUUUUUCAUUUAUUU